GAGUAUUACAUAACGAUGGGCUGCUAACUCCAACAGCCAGGGGCAGACGGACCAUUGAAACAACCUUGCAGGCACUGCGCAUAUCUUUGCCCCGCACAGCAGCUUCUCAGCACGGGCACCAUCACGUCUCCAUCCGGCAAGGACGGGUCAGAAGGAGAGUACAUCCUGGUGCUCAAACGAUGCUCCCAUAGACGACACAGUUACAUUUUUCUAGAUUGCACCGUCAUGUUUGGACAGGGGCCGGAGACAGAGGCGUCUCUCUGGAUUUUAGGAUGAUACUUAAUCAAUUGGCUGACUAGACAGUUGGAAUCGGUUUAGAAAAGACUAAAAAUCACUUCUAGAUUUACCCUACCGAUCAAAAGAAGAACUGCGUGGCCGGGCAGGAGGAGGCUGGAGAGAAAAACUGACACGUGGAUUACUCCUCCUAGGGCAUCAGGAAAAACAGACUCCCUCCUCAAGCUCAGUUCCGUGACCAUCGCCUGUGUUCCCGUCAGAUCAGCCGGACAGGUUAUGGAUUAGAUUGUCGAAACCCCCCGAGAUAUGAUUAAGCAAAUACUUUAUGAGAAGGAUUGAUUUCUCUGAACGUUUACUUUUCUGACUGAUCGACCGGAAAGAGUAAACAGCCGAAGCGGUUGAAAGAAGGCUGCUGUUAACUCGCUGUUGAAUGGCAGUUAUUCAAAAAUAUGGCAAGAACUAUAGCUACGAUUUGGUCUGUCACAAGGAAAACCAUCCGUCUGACAAGAUCGGAGCUCCUGGAUGUCACAAGAAGUGGCCUGAACACACCACCUGGUCAAGGCCAGUGGCGAGGGUAUGGACAGUGGUGCUGCUGCUUGGGACAUGCCUCCUCUACUGCGCCCGUGUGGCGAUGCCCAUCUGUGCCGUCAGCAUGGCAGAGCAGUUCAACUGGAGCAAGAGGGAGUCCGGCAUGGUGCUGGGCAGCUUCUUCUGGGGCUACUGCUUCACCCAAGUGUUCGGAGGCUACGUCAGUGACCGGGUCGGGGGUGAGAAGGUCCUCCUGCUGUCUGCAGCAGCCUGGGGGUCGAUGACGGCCUUCACCCCGAUCCUGGCCCAUUUCUGCUCCCAGCCAAUCCUCUCCAUGACACUGGCCCGCUUCCUCAUGGGCUUAUUGCAAGGAGUUCAUUACCCUUCUCUGGCAAGUCUGUGCUCUCAAAAGGUGGUGGAAAGUGAGAGAGGCUUCCUCAUGAGCACCGUGGGUAGUGGCUCCUACCUGGGCACUCUGGUGAUUGGAGGGGCUGGCUCUCUCAUGUUGGACCUGUAUGGCUGGCAGAGUGUUUUCUAUGCAUCUGGUCUCCUCUCAGUCCUGUGGGCCUACUGCAUGUGGAAAUAUCUGCUCAAAGGAGAAGGGCCUAUCAUCACCCUGGAGUCCCUGGGAAGUGGUGGGCCCCAGUCCAAACUGUCCAAAAGACAUUGGUUACGGCUCCUCAAACAACCUGCAGUCUGCGCUGUGAUCGUUACACACCUCUGCACAGCAAGCACCUUCUUCACUCUUUUGUCAUGGCUGCCAACAUUCUUCAAAGACACUUUCCCGAAUGCCAAGGGUUGGGUGUUCAAUGUCAUUCCCUGGUUGGUGGCCAUACCCUCAUCCCUCUUCAGUGGUUGGCUAUCUGACCACCUCAUCAGUAAAGGCUUCGAUACAGCCUCAGUGAGGAAGUUGAUGCAGUGUUUCUCUAUGGGUGUGUCCAGUGUGUUUACCCUUCUUCUGUGUGGCAACACUACCUUCCCCUGGGCUGUAGCAUUUGUGUCUGCCACCAUGGGCCUCACCACCUUCAGUCACAGCGGUGUAUCUGUAAAUGUUCAAGAUCUUGCUCCUUCCUGUGCUGGUGCUUUAUUUGGUGUUAUGAAUACAUGCGGUGCUUUCUUAGGGGUCCUACUGGUGUAUUUUUCGGGGUACCUCAUUGAGGCCACAGGCUCGUGGGCAUCUGUGUUUGCCCUUAUCACCACCGUCAACCUGCUGGGCCUCUGCACCUUCCUGGCCUUCGCAGAGGCGCGCCGGGUCGACAUUGACUAUAGUAAGGUCCGCCACCACGACAUCCACAUCUAAAUCAUCUGCCAUUAGAGGGACAAGUAUUCUAUCCCCCAAGGGAGAUACGACCUGGGCAACCAGCGGCUAGGACAUUAUCCACAUUGGAGAACUAGCCUUUGGAUAGCAAGUAGCACACGGACAAAGUCCGCCUAUCACAUCUGGAAAACUUUGAUUGGCUCUGUGUCUGGUUGAGGAAGUACUGCAACAGUUACUGAAAAACACACAGCAGAGCCUGUACACUGUUACUGACAAAUCUUGGGGCUAGAACGUCAAAUCCUAGAAAAACACAACUGGGUUAGAGGAUGCUCCGUCAUUUCUGGGUGGAUUGGGAAGAAAGUAUACAUCACCUCCAGAUCUCAACUUGUGCAGGGCAUGGUGGUUAAACUGUUGCUGGGCUACUGUUUACGCUUGUAAUUUGUUACAGAAUGUGUUACUUAGAACGACAGAAGUCAUGGAAAUUGUUAUCCACAUAUUAUUAUAUGCGAGAGUGAUGGACGUGGUAGCCUCAGGAGCUCUCUGACAGUUGUGACAGACCACGUGGUGUGUUCUUACCCUGCGGGGGUGGGGGAGGUGGUUUGGGCACACGUGUGUGACGCAGUCCAGCCUCUCGCACCUGAAGUCUUUUAUUAGUACGCCCCACUCACCCAUCACUGUCUGAGUGACACCUCAUUACCCAGCCACUAAUUACUUGGCAGGCGCUGUAAUGUCCUGUACGAUCUACCUUCUGUAGUCCCCAUCUCCAUGGUUACAAGCUCAUCUUAUUGUUACAGUCGGAGGGGGUGAAAGGGAUCAUGGGAAGCUGUAUGGCAACAAGGCUUUCAUGGAGUGUGUUCUCCAUGUUUGUCAUCUCAAAUUAUGUUUCGAGUAGGAAGACCAAAGGUAAUUAAUUAUUAUUUUCUUUCUACGUGCUUGCAUGUAUUAGAAAUACCUCACUUAAUUAUUUUGGGUACUUAGAUAUUUAUAUGGCCUUUUGAUUUUUUUGGUUAAUUUUCAAAAGAUUUUUUUUAGACAAGAAAUAUAUUAAAUAUAUAUAUAUAAAGUUAGAUUACAGGAACAAUACAUAUGUUAGGUAAGUAAGCUAUCAACAGUGUGAUGCAGUAUGAAUAGACCUUUCUGCAAGUCUAGUUUCCUCACUUCUUUUCUGACCUGCACUUUGGUCCAUAUAUAAUUUUGGUGACACAAGGAAUGUUGCGGGGCAGGUGAGAGGAUUAGAAAUCUUAGGUUCAACACAGUUGAGAAAGUGGAGAACAUUUAGCAUAUGGAUAUUACUGAGAAUUAUGUAUCAACAUAAAGCUAGCUGCAUUGCUCUGGCUGAAAGUGAUUUGUGGCAUUCAGCUUUGGCAUUCACAGCACAGUUUGAAUAUUUAAUUUCCAAUCUUGUUGUUUACUUGACACAUGUACCUUUUUAAAUCUAUGCAUUUAUUAUUUUGUGCCUGAUUUAAGCAAUGAGAGAACUUUAAGAUAUGCUCACUGUGUCUUUUAUUGAUUAUUGUACAUUGCUACAUGUUAGCUUUCUUGUAGGAGUUCUGUUGCUUCUGUGUUAUUGUUAUUCCAUACAAAGGCACAUACAUUUUCUUGGAUGUUUUCUAUAAAAACUUGGAAGUGUAUCCUUUGGCUGAAUAUUUUGUCGAUAUAGAUUUAAUUUCUGACAUGCACAAUAUAUUUCUUACAUUGUCUAGGUCAGUGAAUACAAAAAAAUGCAGGCAUAAGAAAUUAAUUGGAUUUUUUGUCUUUCAGAGUAAAGAUACAUUUUCUGUAUCAAACAUAUUUAGAUUGUGUGUGUGUGUGUGUGUGUGUGUGUUUAGAAUAAUUUAUUUUGAUAUCUAAUCUGAAAUUGAUAUAUCUGCGCCAAAUAUCACUUUGAUUCUGUUACUGUACCUAAACUAUCUUUUGUAGUGAUCAUACACAAAGUGUAUGCGUGGAUCUUUGAGAUACAUAAUUUAUUUACAAAAUACCAUGGUAUAAGUUACCCAGCCUUCAACAUUUUAUUUUAUCAAAAAAGACGCUCCACAUUCCUCAGAUGUUUUGCCGCCCUAUUUACAACUGCCUUUAUUGUUUGUUUGUUUUUCUGUUACUGUCACUGUUAUCAUGCAAAAUGUAAAGAAUUGGAAAUGUACAUGAGUUCUGUUCCCCAACAUAUCUCUCUGUAGGUUCCUGAAAGCCUUCUGACAAAUCCUUUUUGAUAACAUGUAAGAUAUUUAUGAUAAAGAAGAAUACGUUCCUGCAAGAAAAUGCAGUAUUCUAAUGCUUUCAAGAUAUGUUGUAUUGAGAAGCAUUUAUUAACUUUGAAUAAAAUAAAUAUAUUUUGUCAAAACCGGGAA